UCGUACAACAUUUGAUUCAUAUCGACACUAGCAGUUAUAAUAGAAACAACGAAAAAAAAAAAUCGAAGUGAGAGAAAGGCAGAAUCUUUUGUAAUCCUUUCUUAAGGACUGUUUUUUUUUAUCCCAAUUGUAUUUUGCGGUAUAUUUUGUAUAAAUGUUUUCAUCAAAAUGUUUGAUACAACGCUUGGUACUGUAUUAGGCUUUUUGGUACGAAUGAUAUGGCUGAUAGUUAGCCAGAUUCUUGGGCAAUUAAUACAACAUCCCUUAAUUGCCACGGGAUUGGCCAUCUUUGUGGGCAUAAUCAGUCAAACGGAUCUAGUGGAGAAGCUAAAGGAGACCUACGAGAAAGCAAUAAAUUGGCUGCAUGGUAAUAGCAAAUAUAAAUGUUAUCCCCCGUAUGAUUAUAGCAUUGGUCAAGGACCACACACCUGGCUGGAGGAUGCUGGCUAUCAGAGUCCUGUUAAUAUCGAAGAAAGUCAAAUUCAACGUCUGGCUAUACGUGAGUUACUCAAUUGGAAUCAUUAUGAUGAUCUACCGGCCAGCAUUCAGCUGGAGAAUACUGGGCAAACUUUAGUGCUUCGUGCCCAAUUCCAUGGGAAUGCUCCGACCAUAAGUGGAGCCGAUUUGUUGGCCAGCUACACAUUUGUGGAGAUGCGUUUCCGUUGGGGCUGGUGCAACAGCGAGGGCUCGGAGCAUACACUGAAUCAUAGAAAAUUUCCGUUGGAAAUGCAGGUUAUGCAUCGCGCCGGUUCCGGGCAACCAAGAGCUUGUACUAGCAGCUACGAUCUCCUGAUGAUUGCCUAUGUUUUUGAGUUAUCGGCACACAAUCCCUUCUUGGAUCCACUUAUACAAAAUUUGCGGCUGGUCCAACAACCCGGAAAACGUGUCUAUAUUCCCCCAUUUCCCCUGUCCUACUUGAUGUAUGCCUUUCGGGCAGGAUUCUAUUCUUAUGGAGGUUCAUUGACACAACCGCCUUGCUAUCAGGGCACUGAAUGGUUCAUUUUUCCCGAAUCCCUGGCAAUAAGUGAUUUCCAGUUGCGACAUUUUCGACAAUUGUUGAGUACCGAUGGCAUUACACCAAUUACAAGAAACUCACGACCUGUCCAACAUUUGGGUAAUCGUGUGAUUAAUUUAAAUUGCUUUUGUCCCUACGAUGCCAAUCAGCUGGCAAGGAUGCAUGUGGAACUAUGCCAACAACAGCAGCAGAAACUGGAGGAAGAGCAGCAGCAGCAGCAGGAACAACAACAGCAGGAGCAUCGUCGUCAACAACAACUACAACAACAACAACAACAGCAGCAGCAGCAGCAACAACAACAUCAACAACAGGAGAGUGAGCAGCAACAACAUUUUGUGGAGAAGCCUCCCUUGGCAACAACUGCAGCAGUAGCAUUUGAAGAUGAAGGUCGUUUGAUAGAGACCAUAGACACUACCACUAUAAUCAGCAGCUCCAAUACCAGCAUCUGCAUGACCACUCUGAUGCGUAAGCAGUCGGAGGAAGUCCAUGACCAGGCAAUACACAAUCAACAACAGGAACAACCGCAAAACCAAAACCAAAACUGUUGUCGUAUCAUAUUCACUGGUGGUUCUAUGGAUACGAAUAAUAAUACGAACAAAUGUGGCCUUCAACGAGACCAAAGUGACGACAUUGAAAUUACAGUCGGCGGAGGAGAAGGAACUGUGGGAGGUCUCAGAUCCCAAAGCAGCUGUGAUGCUCUCUAUGGUGUGGGCGAUGGCGUCAAUGUGGGGAGUGUUCGUGUUGAAUUGAUUGAAUAAGAAGACGCAAAACUAAACUUACACAAGAAGAGGGAGACAAGGAAUAUCUGGAUUGGAGUGGUGGAAGAAAAAGAGGUCUCUUGUUGUUCAAUAUGUUUCCCGCAGCAAGCAGCAUAUAAAAUAAUGAUAAAAACAUCGAACCGUAUACGGGUUCUUGUCCAACAAGAACUUUCUUUUUUGCUGCAUAAAUUAAACAUAUUGCAUUAA